CGGCUUCCUCUGUUGGGUGGAAUUGGGGGCUGGGCCCCCAAACAGGCGCCUUCCCCUCCUCCCCCCACUGCCACCGGCUUCCCCCUUCCUCCGAGACAAGGGACAGAGGCUCAGGCCCAGGGAGCAGGAUCUGACUUCCUCUUGUCCCCAAAUGAGCAUGCCUGCCCUUCACCGGCAGCUUUGGGGCUCUCACACAGAGGAAACCAAAAGCAGAGAGGGCGGGCAGGCGGAGCAACCAAUCAAAGUCAGAGUGAGGCUCAAAACCAGCAGCUCCCCAGGGGAGCCAGGCAGAGGCUGGGGGCCAUGGCAGAACUGCAACAGCUUCAGGAGUUGGACAUCCCCGCGGGCCGGGAGGCUCUGCUAGACAACCACAGUGCCCUGCUGCGUGUCGCCGAUUACUGCGAGGAGAACUAUGUGCAGGCCACGGACAAGCGGAAGGCGCUAGAGGAGACCAUGGCCUUCACCACCCAGGCUCUGGCCAGUGUGGCCUACCAGGUGGGCAACCUGGCCGGACACACUCUACGCAUGCUGGAACUACAGGGAGUUGCCCUAAGGCAGGUGGAGGCCCGUGUCAGCACACUAGGCCAGAUGGUGAAUAUGCACAUGGAGAAGGUGGCCCGCCGGGAGAUUGGCACCUUAGCCACUGUCCAGCAGCUGCCCCCUGGCCAGAAGGUCAUCGCCCCUGAGAGCCUCCCCCAGCUCACACCCUACUACAGAAGACCCCUCAACUUUGGCUGCCUGGAUGACAUUGGCCAUGGGAUCAAGGACCUGAGCACGCAGCUGUCCCGGACCGGAACCCUGUCUCGCAAAAGCAUCAAGGCUCCUGCCACACCGGCCUCUGCUACGCUAGGGAGACCACCCCGGAUCCCAGAGCCGGUACAGCUCCCCACGGUGCCGGACGGCAAACUCUCCACUGCCUCAUCCGCCUCAUCUCUGGCCUCGGCAGGCAGCACCGAAGGGGUCUCCCCGACGAACACGCAGGGGGCGCCCCCACCCCCACCUCUCCCCGGCGCCGCUGUCCCGCCUCCUCCUCCCGCACCAGCCGAAGUCUUCCUGCCUCCCCCUCUCCUGGAGGAGCUGUCUCCGCCCCCUCCGGCCGCAGAGCUGCCCCCUCCUCCACCCUUGGACGUGGAUGAACUGGGGCUGCUGCCCCCGCCGCCGCCGGGAUUUGGGCCAGAGGAGCCCAGCUGGGUCCCCGCAGACUACUUGGAGAAAGUGGUGACGCUGUAUCCCUACACCCGGCAGAAGGACAAUGAGCUGUCCUUCUCCGAGGGCACCAUCAUCUGCGUCACCCGCCGCUACUCCGACGGCUGGUGCGAGGGCGUCAGUUCCGAUGGCACAGGAUUCUUCCCCGGGAACUACGUGCAGCCCAGCUGUUGACGGCGCGAGCCUUUCCUGGCGUCCACCCGUGCCGGCUGGCGGCCAGCAAGACCAGGCUCUGCCCGCUUCUAGGGCUGAAGGUGGCGGCAGUUCUGGGGAGAGUGGAGGUACCCGGAAGACUUGCUGCAAACGGGACAGAAUCGGAGACCACGACCCCCACCCCAGUCACAGGGAACCCCUCCCACAGGCAGGGCGGGGUCUCCAGCUACUGCAAGUGCCAACUCAGAAUAAAACCGAGGAGCCCAGGGCCGCCCCGCAGGGCUAGGGGCCAGAGGAGCAGGACAGACAGGCGUCAGCGCAGCCGCGGACUGCACUUUUUCCUUCUGCACUGUGCUUGCAGUGUGUG